CUGUUGGACUCGGGUGCAACGUGUAACUUUGUUGAUGACGCGUUUGUAGUCGAUCAAGGGUUGGAGCAGGUGUUGCUCAAGAGACCGCAGACCUUGGUGUUGGCAGAUGGCGCUCACGCACAGACCGGACGAAUUACCCACCGAGUACGGAUGACUUUGCUGCUAGGUGCGGGAUUUGAACCCUACAAGUCGGACUUCUUAGUCACCCCAGUGCGGGUAUCACAGAUUGUCCUGGGUCUGCCGUUCUUCCACAAAGUCGACCCGGACGUGCGCUGG